AUGGAUGAUAAUCCAGAUUCACCAUAUACUAUUGAAUCUAUCCUGCAAAAGGUAUUUACUGAAGAAGAGUUGAAAAAUAAAGAUAAUAUCAAAUUUGGAAUUACUGUAGCAUGGAUGUUUUUAGAUCCAACUUAUGAUCAAAUUGAAAUUUCGUCUUCAAAAGUGCAAGAAAGAAUGAAUCAAUGGGAUUCCAAUCCUAUUAUACAAGACUGGCUUAAAGGCAAAGAAUUAUUUGAAGAUGAUCAAGACGAUCAAAAUAAUGAUAGCGAAGUUGAUCAAGAAAGUUGUGCGAAAGAAAUAAUUAAUUAA